AUGAUGAAAGAGACUUCCGUAUUCGGGUUAGCGCUGGCGAACUCAACACCGGCUGAUUGGGAAGAGUCAUCGUCACACAUCUACGAGCUACUGAGCUCUACUCAAUAUCGACCCAUCAUUGAGCGAGUUUAUCCGUUGGAUGAGAUUAGUACAGCUCACAAAGAUGUCAUGUCUCCUAGAGGAACACGAGGAAAACUUGUAGUAUCUAUCAAUGACAAAUUAUGA